GUUUUGUUUUCCCCUUUCCCCUCUCUCUGUGGUAGAAGUAGAAAUCUGAACUAGUGGUAGACGACGAAGGAAAAAAAAGAGUGUGAAAUACUGUAAAUCGUAGCAGUAUUGAGUGGAAGCGAGAAUGGAAUCUACAUCUGGUAGCAAAGAAACCCAUGAACCUUCUUCUUCUGAUGCUGCUGUGAAGGAGGAUUUGAUGGAACAUGUGCUUUCUUGGAGAAUCGAAGGUAUACUCAAUGAUGAUCUCUAUGAGGUGAAAAGAAUACCUGAAAGUUUUAAUUCCGUAGAACAUUAUCUUGGCUCUUAUAUUACGCCGUUGCUGGAAGAAACUCGCAUGGAGAUAUGUUCACAAAUGGAGUUUAUGUCAGGUGUACCUCACGCUAAAGUAACCAAAAUAGGGAGGUUGGAGCUGCACACUGGGUCAUUCUUGUAUCGCAUCAAGGUCAACUCCUGGAGAAAACAAUAUGGUGCAUAUGACAAAGAACCUUGCAGCCCGAAACCUUCAGAUCUGUUUCUUUAGGGCGAUUCUGUACCUGCAGUUGCUUCUGACUUGCAGCGGUCUGGAAGCAGUUGGUCUUUGGCUACAGUUGUAGAAGAUGCAAAAGAGUCCGAUUCUGUAGGGCACGAAGACAAACUUAUAUGCUUUCAGGUUAAAACCUCAAAUCCCAUAAAGAUGAAAAAGGGCAGGUGGAAAUCACUUUUUUUGGUGUUUCUGGUAAACUUGGCAACAAACACUAGAACAUGGAAGGCGUUACAUAUGUUUCAAAACGUGAAUAUCAUUGAGACAGUUCUGCGUGCCAAUUCCAUGGUCGAGGAAAAUUGUGAUCGCUGCGCUGCACAAGUUGACAGGAUAUGCGAGAAAGUUGAUUCACAAAUUUUACGGGCUCUUAAUGGAAAUCAAAAAACAGUGGUAUUGGGUACUAUAUCUGCUGUGCAGCAUAACCACGGGUCUUCUGUGAAGCUUGUAUGGGGUCCACCUGCGACAGGGAAAACAAGAACCAUCAGUGUAUUACUGUACAACUUGCAACGUAUGAAUUUGCAAAGUAUGAAUUGUAGAGUACUUCUGUACUUGCAUGUGCCCCAAAAAAUAUUGCAGUUGCUGAACUUGCUCUACGUGUCUUAAACCUUCACAAAGAUGCUUGCAAAUCAGAGUUGCGAGAGAACAAGCCAGGUUGUUCAUUUGGGGGCUUUCUCUUGUUUGGGACUAUGAAUAGAUGGGAGUUGUGCGACGAUCUUGGAUUGAUUUAUGUGGAUCAUCGCGUGGACAGUCUUGUCGAGUGUUUUGCACCAUUAACUGGCUGGAAGAAACAUUUUGAUAUGAUGGUGGAUUUUCUUGAAAAUUGUGUGUCUCAAUAUCGGUUGCUUUCCAACGAAAUAGGUAUAGAGGUUCCUGUAACGGAGAAAAGUGGAUCUACUCCUGAAGUCCAAACGUCACUUUGCGAGUAUGCAAAAGACCGAUUCAGUGCUUUAGCUAAACCACUCAGAGAAAGCAUUAGAAUACUCUGCACCCAUCUCCCUAAAGGACUUAUCACGGGCAAUUUCGGACAGAUGGUUACUCUUUAUGGUCUGCUUGGAACUUUUGAAAAUUUGCUCUCUCAAAGGCAUGUGGCUGAUGAGGAAUUAGAGGAACUCUUUGUACAAAAAGACAAUUAUUUGGAGGAGGUAGAAGGAAGUCAAUUACACGAGACGAGGAUUAGUAGUUUGGAGUUUCUAAAAUCUGUCUGUCUUUCUCUUGGUGGUCUCCUUCCAAGUUCUACCAACAGAAGUUACUUAACAGAGUUCUGUUUGAAUUAUUCAUCCCUCAUUUUUUCCACAGUGUCUAGCUCAUAUGAUCUGCAUGAGGUAAGCAUGAGACCGCUGGAUUUGUUGGUAAUCGAUGAAGCUUCUCAAUUGAAAGAGUGUGAAUCAGUGAUUCCUAUGCAGCUUAUAGCUAUACAACACGCUGUCCUAAUUGGCGAUGAGUGCCAUCCACAAGCUAGGGUCAAAAGCAGGGCGUCUGAUGAAGCUGGCUUUGGAAGAAGUCUAUUUGAAAGGUUGAGUUCGUUUGGGCAUUUGAGGGACCUUCUCAACGUGCAGUACAGGAUGCAUCCUGACAUAAGCUCUUUCCCCAAUCAAUUUUUCUAUAAAAGCCAGAUUAUGGAUGCUUCAAGUGUUCGUGAUGACGAUUUUCAAAAUAAUUAUCAACUAGGAUGUAUGUUUGGUCCCUACUCAUUCAUAAAUAUUUCUGCUGGAAGGGAGGAGCUAGAUGAAGCCGGGCAUAGUAUGCAAAAUAUGGUUGAAGUGGCAGUCGUUAAGGCAAUAGUGCGAAAACUUUAUAAAGCAUGGGAAGUCUCAAAGUAUAGCUUGACCAUUGGUAUUUUAUCUCCUUAUUGCCCAAGUUGCUGCGAUAGAGAUUAAAGUUGGUCAGAAAUAUUAGAAGCUGAAGGACUUUGUAGUGAAGGUGAUCUCUGCAGAUGGAUCCUAUGGCAGUGAGGAAGAUGUCAUAAUAAUAUCGACUGUCGGACCUGAUCCUUCUGGGGUAUCAGAUGGGUUCUUUUCUGAUUCACUACGUACUAAUGUUGCUCUGACACGGGCUAGGCACUGCCUUUGGAUUUUGGGGAAUGGCGAAAACUUGUGUGAAAUUGGACCUUUCUGGAAAAAUUUAAUCGGUGAUGCGGAGCAGCGGGGACGUUUUUUUAAUGCUGAUACAGAUGGAGAGCUAGAGGAAGCAAUGUUGAAGGCCAAGAAAGAGCUUCAUCAGUUAGAUGAUUUACUUAAAGGAGAUAGUAUGCUUUUCAAAAGUGCAGUGUGGGAGGUCAUGUUCAGCGACAACUUCAGAAAAUCAUUUAGGAAGUUGAAGUCAUUACAAACACAAAUUUCUGUGGUUAAUCGAUUGGUUAAACUUUCCCGUGGUUGGCGUCCUAAGAAGUCUAAGGCUGAAACUUUGUGUGGUAACACUUAUCAGUUUGUGAAAAAGUAUAAGGUUGGCAAAAUAUAUAUUAUUACUAGCAUUGAUUUUGCAAAAGGCCCAGGCCACACCCAAGUUUUAAAGAUAUUUUACCUCUUGAGGAAAUACCUAAACUAGUGAAGAGUUUGGACAACAUAUUCUCCACAUACACCGACGAUUGCCUCAACCGCUGUAAGCUGGAAACUACCAAUGGGGAUUUGGUUGUGCCAAUUACCUGGAGAAUAGAUGAAGAGACCGUUAGAUAUAAGAAGACUAACAAUGCUGCAUUAGUAGAUAGUUCAAGUGACGGGGUAUCAGAUGGGAGAUGUCACAUUGAAAACUCAAAAGUGAAAGAGACUCUACUCCUCAUGAAGUUCUACUCCUUAUCAGCUGGUUUAGGGAACCAUUUGCUCUCAGGAAGUGAUGGAAAAGAGCUCGAUCUUCUUUUCGAAGUAACGGAAGAACAAUUAGCUGUCAUUCCUUCCCCUAAAAGUAGUUCCAUUCAUGGCAGGUCUGGAACAGGGAAAACCACUGUUCUGACGACGAAAUUGUUUCAAAAGGAGCGGCAACACUACUUAGCUUCUAAAGGAUUUUGGGAAGACAUCGGAGAUACUUCUUCGAGUACUUCAACCGGGAAAGUUAACAGAGUGGUUGAGAAUGAGGCGGAAGAUACUGUCUUACGGCAAUUAUUCGUGACAGUCAGCCCAAAACUAUGCUCUGCCAUUAAAAACCAAAUAUCUAACUUGAAAAGCCUUAUCAGCAGUGGCAGGGCUUCAACAGAACACAAUCCCGUUGCCGAUGAUGCAGUCCAAGAUCGAGAUGUACCAGAUUCUUUUAGGGACAUUCCACCUGAAAGUUUUCCACUUGUCAUAACAUUUCAGAAAUUCUUAAUGAUGCUUGACGGAAGUAUGAGAAAUUCGUAUUUUGAUAGAUUCCGCGAUGCAAGAGAACUUCCACAAUCUGGAAUUUCAGGGUCAUUUGAUUUGGGUGCUUUUAGAAGAACGAAAGAGAUCAAUUAUGAAAGAUUCCGCUCAGCUUACUGGCCUCGUUUUAAUCAAAAUUUAACCAAGAAGCUUAAUCCAUCUAUGGCUUUUAUCGAGAUAAUUUCACGUAUAAAAGGUGGGCUACUUGAUAUACUUAGUAAGGAGGAUUACAUAUCACUAUCUGGGGGACGGGUGUCCAUAAGCACGGAAGAUAUGGAGAUAAUUUAUGAGGUUUUCCUUUAAUACGAGAAGAAGAAAAUUAGUAAUUAUGAGUUUGAUUUGGCUGAUUUUGCAAUUGACCUUCACCGUCGACUGAAAUCUGGGGGUUUCGAGAGUGAGAAAAUGGAUUUCGUGUAUAUUGAUGAAGUUCAGGAUCUCACCAUGAGACAGAUUGGUCUUUUUAAAUAUGUUAGUAGAAAUAUUGUGGAAGGAUUUGUUUUUUGUGGUGAUACUGCGCAAGCUAUUGCUGGUGGGGUUGAUUUCAGAUUCCAGGAGGCAAGAUCUUUUUUCUGCAAGGAGUUUAUUCUGGAUUCAGGAAGUGAUGGCACGGGAAAUGCAGACAUCUAUCAUUUGAACCAGAACUUCCGUUCUCAUGCAGGUGUUCUCAACUUGUCACAGAGUGUAAUUGAACUUCUGCACGAGUACUUUCCACUGCACAUUGACAAAUUAAGUCCUGAAACAAGUCUUAUUUGUGGAGAAGCACCAAUUUGGCUUGAAUUUGCAAAUAAUGAUAAUGCAAUUUCAACUAUUUUUGGCAAAAGCGGUGAAAAUGUUGGUAGGAGUGUGUUUGAAUUUGGUGCAGAACAAGUCAUUUUGUGCGUGAUGAUUCUGUGAAGAAGGACAUUACUGUCCUUAUAGGAAACCAAGCUCUUGUUCUAACUAUAGCAGAAUGCAAGGGCUUAGAAUUUCAGGAUGUUUUUCUUUACAACUUCUUUGGGACGUCACCUUUAGCGAGUCAGUGGAGAGUUGUUUAUGGGUUUGUGAAUAAGCAAAAUCUUCUCAACUCCAAUAAGGCAAAAUUUCCACAAUUUAGCAAGGCGGAACACCAAAUUCUCUGCUCCGAACUGAAGCAAUUGUAUGUUGCUAUUACUCGUACUAGGCAAAGACUCUGGAUCUGUGAGAAUAAGAAUAAAAAUGAUUUUUCGAAGCCUAUGUUUGACUACUGGAAGAAGUUAUGUCUCGUUCAAGUGAGAAUACUCGAUGAAUCAUUUGUAAAGACAAUGCAGGUUACAAGCAGCAGUGAGGAGUGGAGUUCACGCGGUAUCAAGUUACUGGAAGGAGGUCAUUUUGAGAUGGCAACUGUGGCUUUGAAAGAGCUGGUGAUGCAUUGUUGGAGAAACGCGCUAAAGCUUCUGGUUUUAGAAAUGCUGGCAUUGCCAUGCUUGGUUCUAGUGCUGAACAAGCUCGCGCUGCUCUUGAACAGGCAGCUGAGAUUUAUAAAUCAAUUGGCAUGGCUGAUUGUGCUGCCGAAUGUUACAUGGAUUUAGAGGAGUUCAAAAUAGCAGUAUUACUUGUCCAGCUGAAGCUAGAAAAUUUGAUCCUCAGAAGUUCGAGCAGUUGUUUAUGAAUACAUCUCGUGUUUAUAUGCUUUCGAGAAGCAUUUUUGAGGACAUCAGCUUUUAUGAUUGCGACCCACGCAUGAAGCUGGAUAUUUGCAUUUGUUUUCUAGAAAAUUAUGGUCCCUUUCUUAAAGGUAAAAAAUGGAUGAAGAAAAUAAAGCAACUCUCUGUUGAACUAAGCGGCAGUGAUGAGGAUUCCGAUGCUUGUUAUUCAAAAAUUGAAGACUGCUUUAAGAAGUUGGUUGUGCCUCAAAUGUUGAGAAAAGAUUUAAUCGAUGGUUUGUUUGGGAUGCUUAUUAAAUUUACUCUGUAUAGCAAGAAAAUCAAGAGUAAAGGCAUCAUCCUCUUGAUGGCAUCCUUUCAUUGGGCACUUUUUUUUUUUACUGUUUUAACAACUAAAAGUAAAGCAAUAUUGACUAGUGGAUUAAAAUGUCAGAUCAAUUUUGGAAUCAUUAAUACACCAGAAUCUCUAGAAUUGGCUCCACUGUCGAUGCAUAGACAUGGUGGAUCUUAUUAAAGACUUUGGUGGUUUCUCUUUCGUAUCCAUUAUGUGUUUUCAUGAAAAAUGUUUAAGACCUCACUCUGACUUCCUUUUAGAGUUGUAUAUGUAAAAGAAACUGUAGCAAUAGAAGGUUGUGAAGGUCGUAUGUCUUUUGAUCUAACAAGAUUCGAGGUCAAAAUCACCUAAAAACGGGAAGAAAUCGUGAAGUUGUUAGUUUGCUCAGUCAAUAUGCACACGACUUUGUAAACUCAUGCAUGUGUUAGGGCAAUUUGAGGUUGGAGUCAAUGGAGAGCAA